GAUAGAUGUAGAUGCGUGCUGGAGGGUUGAAAAUCGCCGGUAUCGCGUGUUCUUGUGGACUCUUACGAGGAUUCGGAUGGAAGCAACCCCCGACCAAGUACGCUAUUUCGCCGCCCGAAACGGGCAACAAUAAAUGUUUGAUCGGCCUGUGGAAGUCUGUGUAGCGUGAAAUGUCACCUCCAACCUUCAACUAGAAGAAAACUGUGUAAAUGUGCGCGUUUUAAUAAAACAUUAGUGACUGGAAAUAUAAUUCGUUGCGAAGUUCGUGGACUGAUUUGUUUAUUUAAGUGCAAAAUAAACCGGCAGGAUGUGUUCUUUGCUUUCUACGUUGUUCGUGGUUUCUGCCGUUCUGCUGCAAGAAUCCUGGCAAGCCAGCAUCAAGGUCGACCCGGCCACACUACCCACAUUCCUCACGUCAAGUCAAGUGUUUAAGGUCACAGAUAAGGAUACGGUCAUAUUGCCCUGCGAAGUCUCCAAUCCGGGUCCGUACGUGCUAGCCUGGAAAAAAGGCAUCGCCGUUCUGUCGGCCGGCAACGUGAAAGUAUCUCCCGAUCCCCGUAUCAGCCUGGUAAAUGGCUACAGUUUGGAAAUUAAAGAAGCCGGACCGCAAGAUGCGGGCGAUUACGUUUGCCAGAUCGGCACACUCGAACCGAGGGAAAUCACGCACACCGUCGAAAUUUUAGUGCCUCCGCGGAUACACUACGUGUCGUCGAAUGGACGCGUCGAAGUAAAAAAAGGAUCAUCAGUAAGGUUAGAGUGUAAAGCAUCUGGUAAUCCUGUACCUAAAAUAACAUGGUCGAGGAAAAACAAUGUCCUGCCAUCAGGCGAUCAAACAUUGGUUACUCCAGUGCUAACACUGGAUAGGGUGGAUAGGCAUCAAGCUGGUGUGUACAAAUGCACAGCGAGCAACGGAGUCGGAGAGGACGUCACCGAAGAGAUCAAUCUACAUGUCCUCUAUCCUCCUGAAAUAGCGGUGGAAAAACCGAUUGUUCAUUCCGGGGAAGGUAAAGAGGCCCAGCUGGUCUGCAUUGUUCACGGGGAGAGCCAACCUGAGGUGCUCUGGUACAGAGACACGAUGCAGCUGGAUACAACAGAAAGAAGAAUAAUGGAGUCACGCGGAUCCAGACAUACGCUCGUGAUUCGCAAAGUACAUCGUUCCGACUUUGGAAAUUACACUUGCGUGGCGGAUAAUCAACUGGGAAAAACAAGAAAGAGCGUCCAAUUAACCGGCAAGCCCAACCCGGCUAAAUUCAGCAGCGCCUCUAGAGGGAGCUGGAAGGAUAGCUACAAUAUCAGCUGGGCGGUGGAGUCGUUUAGUCCCAUUGAAGAGUAUAAACUGCUGUUCCGGAGGCUACCGGAGAAUCCGGGCUCGGAGGAUGGGCAUCCGCAGCCGCUGCACCACCAGAGUCAGAAGAAAUUCAACUUAGGAAGGGAAAACAAGACCUACGGUUCGGUCUACUACAACGUCGGGAGCGCUUACGGCCGGCAGAUCAUCGACAGGAGAACAGACUGGCGGGACGUAAUCCUUCCGGCGACUCAAGCACAGAACUCCGGGUUCCAGACAAUGAGUUACGUGAUUAGAGGACUAGAACCGGGCCAAAGUUACGAGGCAAAAGUGCAGGCACGCAACAAAUUCGGCUGGAGCCCCGUGUCUGAGGCUUUUACGUUUCAGACCACAGAGACAGACCUGACUUUUCCAGACAGACCCCAGUCUCCUAGGCAUGUCUAUAAUGAAAACGAAAUAAAAGACCUCGGCAUAAGAAUAUACAGCGGCUCCGCCAGCACCCCAUCGAAAGUGGCCCUAAUCCUGUGCAUCAUAUACAGUUUCCUAAAGUCCCUUAACUAAAAAUGACGUGCUCUUAGUUUACGCAUUGACAUUUUCUUUGUAUGAUAGAUUCACUAAUAGGUAUCACACCAAAACGUAUGUUUUUCGGCGCAACAAUCUCAAUCGUGGAUUGAUAAUGUUGCGCCUCAUGCUAUAAAUGUGCACUUUGUAAAUGAUAACCUUACUUUCUUUAAAAUAAGUUUUUUAUACUCGCCUAUUAAGUAUGGUAAAGCGAAAUACUUUUCUUUCGCGACUAGGAAUUACACGAUAUGUUUAAGUAACUCUGUGUUAUAACUAACAUAGUGCCAUAUAAAUUAAAGCAAUGUAAUUGUUAAAUGUUUCUGCUACUCGAUGAUUUAUUGUCAUAGUUGACUUCUCAGAUUGAAUAUUUCGCGUUGAUUUAUAGAUGCGUUGCAGGCACGUGUUAAAACACCGAAUUUCGAGACCGGAGGAUGUUGCUUUUGGGAAAAGUACGCUUAAACGUGUCAAACACGACAGAGCUAGAGAUUUAUAUUUAUUUGUAAAUACAUAAAGCGGUGUUUUAACAUUUACACUUCCACUUGCGUUUUCUGUAAAAGGGUCCAAAUAGCCUCGGCUUUGAUUAUUUCGACCGCUCCGGCCGGUGCAGCCGUAGAGGUCAUUCUUGCACACCCUACAGACGUUUAGUUUUCUCCGACCACAGCAGCGCCAUCUAUGCAACUGCUGGCCUUGCCGAGGCUGCGCCGGCCAUCUCACUUGUGCUCUUUCCUCUUAGUUGACGAAAUCCCUUAAUUGUGAACCUGCCAUUAUAUACGUACCUACGCUAAUUUUUAUAUGUAAAUACAUAUAGCAUAGAAGCUUUUAAAAUAUUUCUACUUAUUCUAUAUACACAGUAUUACUGUAAAUAAUUAAGUGUAUUUUAAAACUAAAGAGUUAACUUAAGAUUUGCUCCGGCUUGGAAACGUCCAGUUCCAGGCUGGAGCUCCGUGAUGCAAAUGAUGAGUGUAUGGCUCCAUGUGUAAUUUAGGAAAGAUUAUUUUUAUUAUGUAUAAGAUAAGCAGCUUAUAAGUGUCGUGAUAUAUGAUAAUCAUACUCUUACUUACCUACAUUUUAGAUUAACUACCACCAGAUUUUAUUCGGCCCUUCGAAAUCAAAAGUAUACUAGGCUACUAAUAUGUGAACUGUGUUAUUUAUUAACCACUUUUAUGUGCUAAUCGAGGUGAGACUCUCAGUGCUACGUGGACUAAGUGGAGGGUUGGAUAAGUUGAGGCGUUGUGCUUCGCAGAAUUUAUGAUUGUAUGUCACACACGGAACUGAAAAUUAAUAUGAA